CAUUCAUUUUCGGAAGUUCGAGUCUACUGAAGAAAAAGUUUAAUUAUGUCUGGACGUGGCAAAGGAGGCAAAGGAUUGGGAAAAGGAGGCGCUAAGCGUCACAGAAAAGUAUUGAGAGAUAAUAUCCAAGGUAUCACCAAGCCAGCUAUUCGUCGUCUCGCAAGAAGAGGUGGUGUAAAACGUAUUUCUGGUCUCAUCUAUGAAGAAACUCGUGGGGUACUCAAGGUGUUUUUGGAAAACGUCAUCCGUGAUGCUGUAACCUACACAGAACACGCCAAAAGAAAGACUGUUACUGCUAUGGACGUCGUCUAUGCUUUGAAACGCCAAGGACGUACUCUCUAUGGUUUCGGUGGUUAAAUCCGACUCAACGUCUAUUUAAAAACAAAAAAACGGCCCUUUUCAGGGCCACCAAAUUAUAUCAAAGAUUUUUAGUUGAUGAUUUUAUACGUAACGCAUUAAUAUUAUAAACAACUUCUGAGUACUGUCUUUAUCAUUUACAACUGAAUAAUAAACUUGAACUUAAGCAAAUUUCACUUAUUAUCGCCAACAUUUUCCCGCCGAUACUUUCGCUAUUGUUAUUUAGAGCAUGUAGGAUAUUUGGUACACCUGCGCAUGAGUUAAAUUUAGCACUGAUGAAUUCAAAUUAUUGUAUGAAAUUUUAAGGCUCCAGUGUAUUCACAAGCUGUUUGUUUGGCAUCAGUAGAUUUACUACCAAGGCUAGAAUUGUCUUGAAAAAUUAUUGUAGAAACAAUCACCUGAUUAUGCAUUUCAUGCACUUUCUGUGCUAGAAAAUGAUUUUUAAAAGUUUCAUAAUCUUCAAGUCUUUCUCGCGGCUGCCCAAUCAGAAUCGGUCGUUUAGAUCACGUGAUCAGUUUUGGCGCCCGAUUUUCCCGCCUUUUUAUCUCGAUCUCGCGACUAACCAAUCAGCGGUCGUUAUUUCUGGCCACGUGAUAUUCCCGCCAAAAAAAGUGUAUAUAAGAAGCUACUUCGCCUCUAGUCCUCACUCUGAAAUUUUGGUUCAUCUGAAUUGACUUGUCAGUAAAAUGGCCCGUACCAAACAAACAGCUCGUAAAUCUACUGGUGGUAAAGCACCAAGAAAACAAUUGGCAACCAAGGCUGCACGUAAAAGUGCUCCAGCAACUGGAGGUGUGAAGAAACCCCAUCGUUACAGACCUGGUACUGUAGCUUUGAGAGAAAUCCGUCGUUACCAGAAAUCGACUGAAUUGCUCAUCCGAAAAUUACCCUUCCAAAGAUUGGUUCGUGAAAUUGCUCAAGACUUCAAGACCGAUUUACGUUUCCAAAGUUCUGCAGUUAUGGCUCUUCAGGAAGCUAGCGAAGCCUAUUUGGUUGGUCUAUUUGAAGAUACUAACUUGUGCGCUAUCCACGCCAAGCGUGUUACUAUCAUGCCUAAAGAUAUUCAAUUGGCAAGAAGAAUCCGCGGAGAAAGAGCUUAAGAUGCGAUUUGAGAUAUUUUAAAACAAAAGGCCCUUUUAAGGGCCACCAAACUUUAACAAAGGUCUUUGAUAAUUUAUAAGCCGUUUUUAGUUAAGUUGAUUUAAGUAAUAAAUUUUAUAAAGAACAUUUACAUAAGUGAACUGUUUAUAUCAAGUGCUGUCAUAUACUCAGUUGCAUUUACUCAUCUGGUUGACAGGGUGCGAUUGGUGUUUUUUUAUCGACACCUAUUCCAGAUUCAUCGUCUGAAUCAGGUGGUAGGGCGCAUAUUUCCUCUAAUUCUUUUUCUACUUGUGCAACUUCUUCUCUAUCCAUAAUAGAUUCAGGUCUUUGUAAUUCUGGGUUUUGUGGGGCUUUUUCAUUUUCAUCGUGUGGUACUUGGUUAGGUAGAGGUGUAUGAGCAGGUCUCGGAGAAUGAGUCAAGUUUCUGGGACUAUUUACAAUCAUUGGGGUUUCGCGUAUACUGAUUGGCGUGACGGAAGUUUUGGGGGCAGGUGUUGUCCCCUGAUAGAAUCUAUCUCCGAUGGACAAGUCAGGCGAAACAGCGAGUCUAAGCAUUUCAUUAACAUGUUUCUUAUCAUCUUGCUUUCUCAGUAAGUAGAUGAGAGUUACAACCAAAGUAAAAGCUGCUACAAGCGAAAAGAAAACUGCCAGGGCUACAACAUGAGCGGAUAGGCCGUUAUCAACAGGCAUUGGAGGAAUUUCAGUGGGUUUUGUAUCUUCUAGGAACCCUUUUUGAGCUAGAUACGACUGUGACUGUGCAGCCAAGAAGGGAUCACCUGUGGACUCUUUAACUGCUUUUCCUAUAGAUUCUUGACUCUCAGUUGUUUUAAUUAUCUUUUCUAAAAUGGUGUUAGGGACGUCAAAUUUAUUUAUAUCUCUCUUCUUUCUAGACGUUGUUGACGACGACGAUGAAUUUUUGUCAUCUACAGGUAGAGGUAUCUUACAAAGCUCAUUAUUCCUAUCUAUCAGAGCAAAUAUCAUUACUCUGGCCCCGCUUUCGUUGGGUAUAUAUCUUGGAUAUGCAGUAGCAGUAUGAAAGUCUUUGCCAAAGCAAUACUUAUCUAAGCUGUUUAUAGGGUUAGGUGGAUCUUGAAGGCAACAUUCCCUAUAUUGCUCAGCAUUAGCAGUACAAUACGAUUGAAGCUGUUUGCAGAAGACAUUAAAAAUUGUUGAUUCUAUUGUCUCCCAAAGAAUAGGCAAUAAUGAUUUGAAAUCAAGUAUAACUGAUUUAUCCGCUUCACUCUUUAUAGCAUAGCAACUUGGAGACUUGUAGUUGCAUAGAGCAUAUUGAAGACUCUCUCCAGGACAUCUUCUUCCAGGAGAUGGAGGUGGUUUGUCGCAUUUGCGACUUUUCUGCCUUCUACCAUGACAGGCUUUCGAACAUGUAUUCCAAGCAGACCAUGUACUCCAUUGGCCAUCGGUUUGAGAGCAAGCUCUGCCAUCUGCGUCUAAGAUGUAAUAUCUAUCGCAUGUACAGUUGUAGCCACCUUUUGUGUUCAAGCACGUUGAAUGGUCUUUACAUUGAUGCUUGUGUUCUGGAUCGUCCGUUGUGCAUUCGUCAAUAUCAACGCAUACAUUUCCAUCGACCAAGAAGCCUCCUUUGCACUCACACCAAUCGCUACCAUCUUUUUGAACACAUAAUUGUUCACAAGCAUUAGCUACAUUCUCAUCGAAACAUUUGUCCGCAACGAUACACUUUUUGCCAUCGCUACCCAACCUAAAUCCUUGUCGGCAGAAACAUCUGUACGAUCCCUGAGUAUUUUUACAAUCUAAUUCACAGCCGCUAAUUGAUCUACAAAGAGAGCAUAUCGAAACAUGCACCUUAUUCUUAUAUCAUAUUUAUAAUUGUAGGUAUUCUUACCUGCUUGAGCAUUCGUCUACAUCCACACAAUCGUCGCCGACUUUCUUAUAACCUUUUUGACAUUCACACAUAUAACUGCCUUCAGUAUUUAUACACAUUUCAGUGAGUUUACAAGGACUAGUCAGGCAUUCGUUUAUGUCUUUGCAAGUAAACCCGUCUCCUAAAUACCCAGGCUUACAUCUGCAGUUGUAGGAGCCGGGCGUGUUUGUACAAAGUGCAAUAUCAGUACAACCCCUGGCAGAGGGAUCUUCACCAAUACAUUCGUUCAAAUCUAUACAAUAUGUUUCAUUUCUUUUUCUGAAGCCUGGUAAACAUUUGCAUGUAUAGCUGGAUUUUGUGUUUAUACACUGAGUUCCUGCUAAACAUGUAUGCAAAUUUUCUGUACAUUCGUCUAUGUCGAUACAACCCGAUUGAAAAGAAUCGUGUCUAUAACCAUCAGGACAUUGACAUUCAUAAGAACCUUCUUUAUUGAUACAAGUUGCAAGACCUUUACAAGGGUUGCUUAUGCAUUCAUCUAAGUCAACACAUCCAAUACCAUCAAAAGUAAAACCCUUAUUGCAGAUACAAGUGUCGUUACCGUUUCUCUUUGCGCAGACGCCUGAGCUACCGCAAGCUAAUUGGAGGUUGCAAGCGUACGAUUCAUUGAGAACGCAGGAGAUUUUAUCUUUGUGUAGAUGAAAUUCAGGAUGACAUGUGCACAGGUAUGACCCUUGAGUAUUCAUGCAAAAGUGCUUACAAGGGUUAUUCGGUAAGAGGCAUUCGUUAACAUCAUGGCAGUUUUUACCAUCUUGAUGCAGCACGUAGCCAGAAGAGCAAGAGCACUCGAAAGAACCGAGUGUGUUUUCGCAGUAGGUUGAGCAGCCACCAUUGUUUUCAAGACAUUCCUCAACAUCGACACAGGUUAUACCAUCUCCCACAAAGCCAUCCAUGCAGGUGCAAGCAUAGCUACCGUUCAUAUUUCUACAGGUAGCCUUUUCCGAGCAUUCAUUUGCCACAGCGUAUCCACAUUCGUCAACAUCAUAACAACUUCCAUUCCUACCUUCAACAAAACCUUUCGGACAUGUGCAUAUGAAAGAACCUUCAGUAUCUUGACACAAAUGUUUACAAUUAUGAAUGUUUAAUUCACAUUCAUCUAUAUUUAAGCACAUUGUUCCUGAUCCAAAAGAUUUAAAGCCAUCUUUACAUCUGCAGCUGUAUCUUCCCAUUGUAUUUUCACAAUUACUAUUUUCAGGACAAUUGAAGCUACCUAUUGAGCAUUCGUCUAUAUCUACGCAUAGUGUGAUAUUAGCAUUGUCUAACUCCCAUCCACUCGGACAAAUACAUUUGUCAGGAAUGUCUGUCACUGCUUGACAAAAACCUCCGUCACAGUUCAAAGAGUUACAACUCUUUUUAGGCAUACAUCUAGUAUAGCCAUCCAGCACAGAGGCUGCUCCGCAACCACAAGUAUAGUGAGCUCCAUUUGCUGUGCAUACGUCAUCACAUUCUUCAUCGUAAGAACAAAGAUCUCGUUUUGUACAUUCAACUUCAUUCGAUGAUUGAUAACCCCAACCACAAUCGCAUGUAUAUCCUCCUAACUUAUUAAUGCAUAGUCGUUCGCAACCACCAUUAUUUUCCAAGCAUUCGUCUAUAUCCUGGCAGGUUUUUUCUUCCGUUAGUGCAUAGCCCCUCGGACAUUCGCACACAUACGAUCCGCUUCCAUCUUUGCAAAAGCUACCAACACCGCAGUCAUUAAGUUCACCGUUUAGGCAUUCUUUUUUAUCUUUGCAGGAGUAGCCAUCAGCGUGAAGAAAAUAGCCAUUAUAACAAGAGCAAUUAUAACUUUUAUCGGUGUUGAUACAAUUAUGCUCGCAUUUGGCUCGUAAAGGAUUCUCUGAGCUAAGAGAGCAUUCAUUAAAAUCGUAACAAUUAGUUGUUGUCGCCACUCUAGUUUUAGAACAAGGUGAACACUCGUAUUCAUUUUGAUUGACAUCUGUAACAUUUUUAUCAAUACAUUUACCAUAGCACAGUCGUUCAGUCUCGCAAACAUUUAAAUCUUUAUCGCAUAAAUCUCCAAACCAACUUGUUUUACAUUGACAUUUUGCAAAUAUCAUAUUAUUUUCAUAUCUAAGAGAACUAAAAUCGCAAGUACCAUGAUUUUUACAAUUGCAGAUAACUAAAUUAGGAAACCAAACGAAUUUAGCUCCAAAACUAUUCGCUAUCGUUAUCUGUAUUCUAUUCGGUUUAUUUAGGGUAAAUUUCACAUUUGCUGAGAAAAUUCCACUUGAAACCUUUUGAAUUUGUUCAAUGCUUAUACUACCAGAUAGAGCAUCUACAAUGUUACCAGUAAAGCUAAUAUCUUGUUGAUUCUUAUCUUCUGCUGUCAUUGAGAAGACUUUUUCUUGACCUAUGAUUACGUUAAUCGUUUGCUGAGGUGUAGUAGGUGGUAAAUUUUUGAUAAUUUCUAGAUUUUUCACCAUAUCUUCUACGAAAUUAGCAGUUUCAUUUGCGAAUUUAUCAUUAUUAGUUACUUUUAAAUCGUGUUGACAAUAUUUAAUGCUAGUUGACUGACGUCCAAUACAAAUUCCAGUAAUUGUUUCAGUAUCAAUUUCAGAAGCUUGUGGUAAGAAUUUUUCCCUAAAGUAUCUAUUGGCUGAGUUGAAGAUAAAUUCUUUAUUGUAUACGCUAAAUAACGAUCGCUUGGUUGCGUAUGUUGGUCCAACUAAUUUUCUAAGUGACCACUUUGUAAAAGUAUCAGCGGAAAUAGGUGAUUCGCCCAAAAUUCCUUUAAAGUUUUCCACACUAUCAGCUGUGGAGAGUAGCAUAUUUAACCCUUUCUCGCUUUUUAUUAUCUUUACCGAACAGUCAGAAGUGUAGGAAAUGACAAUUGAAUAUCCGCUGUUAAUAACUUCGGCGUUGCCUAUACUAACUUCCCCCACAUCAAUUUCUUUGGACUGGCUAACUACUUUUAGAGGUAAAUCAUUUUGCCAAUAAAUCUCUAUUGCAGCAUUAUUAAGUUCUUUAAUUGCCACUGCAGAUAUUGAAGAUAGUUUCUCUCCUAAACGAGAUUUCACUUUUAUAUUUUGACGAAGAUAAACCGCCUCUAUUAGUUUUGUAUUCAUUGCAUUGCCAGCAGUUUGAUUUUGAAGGGGUGCAAAGAACCCCACAGCAAGAAGAAUAUGCAUCCUUAUCUUUCGAAUGAUCUGCUGAAUUCCAUUUAUAUUUGUGCAAAAGCGAUUGAUAUUCGAAUUGCAAUGAUUCGUCAACUUUGCUAAGAAAUGCUUCUGAUGUUGGAGAAUAGCAGCACGUUACUGUUUGACUUGUCAAAAUUUUCCUGAAGCACUUUCUCGAUUCUUUUUCAAAUGUUAGCGUGAAUGAUGGUAAAGCUUGGACAACUCUUAAAGAUGGUGGACAUGAAUCUUUUAAUAUGUCCUUCCAGCUUUCAUCUUUGCCCUUCAUUGCAGAUAGAGCCUCAAAACAUUUAAUCUUAUUUUCAUCCCCAGUAACAGUUGAAUUGGGAUGAUUCAAGUUAAAAACGAAAAUGCCUUUAGUCAUAUUUAACUCUCUUUGCAGGGGAUUCAAGUCCAUUCUAUAGACAUUAUCAUUUGUACUUGUCCAUGUGGCUGAUAAUUUAUGUUCAAAGUAUUUAUCAUUUCUUAUAUAACCCAUUCUUGCCGGAUAUCCCUCAUAUAAAUUUGUUAUAUCUCUCGAGUUAAAUGAAGUGGGGAUCCAAUUCAUUUCGUUUUCUUUAUACAAAUAUACGCAAUAGCUUUCUUUAAAGUCAGUUGCUAGAAUAACUUGGAAAGUGUUCUUUUCGAUAUACAGUGACUCGUAAGCGGGUGCUACGGUAUCCCAUGUAACUUUCAAAAGCCAUUUCGGUUUAAAAGAUACAUUAUAUGCUGAAAGGACUAUAUUCUUUAUCUUCUCAUAUUUAGCAUCAUUAUUAUUUUCGUAUACAUUGUACCAUAUUUUGUAGAAUUUUGAUGUGCUUGAAAUAUCCGACCAGAAUGGAGCUAGCAACAUUCCUAUCCCUGUUGGUAGUUUUAGCUCUUUAAAGACUUUCGGGUAAGAAAAUGUUGGUUUAACAAGCAAUCUCUCAUAGGUUAAGGCGAUAAUUCCGUUUUCUGAUAUGUAUACUCCCGAAUAUAUUUUACCAUCGUCUAAAGGUAUACCUCCAGGAAUUUUCAGUGUUUCUGAUAAUCUUUCUCUGGUAAUUCUGCUUAUCUUUAAUAAUAAUUUGUCUCCUUCCGCUUCGCCGUAUUCCAUCAAUCGUAUUUCUUGACAACUUUUAAGUUUGUUCGAAGAAUCUUUUAUAGGUCUAUAUUUAUUGGGGCAAGAACAAGUAUAUGAACCCAAUGUAUUCGUGCAUAUUGUUGUUUUCGGACAGGGAGAUUUUUUACAUUCAUCAAUAUCUGUACAAUUUACUCCAUCACCUUCAAAGCCACUUUUACAAACACACUUAAAGGAUCCUAAAGUAUUAAGGCAAAGACUAUUUGGCGCUAAACAAUCGUGUAUCAAUGUUUGAGGAGCCUCUUCUUCUGUACACUCAUUUAUGUCUCUACAUCUUUGAAAAACGCCAUUUUUCAUUAAGGGUGUGAAACCAUAUUUACAUUCGCAUUUAUAAUUCCUUCCUGUGUCUAUAUAAGAGCACAUCCCAUUGUCUUGUGUGAAACAUGGAUUCUUUUCACACCACUUUACUCUAUUAGCUAUACAUGUGCCAUUUCCAGUACAAUUUUUAUAUUCAGCAUAGGUUUUCCCUGGCUCUUUUUUACACGGUCUUCCACCGUUCUCUGGAGCCGGAUUAUUACAUAUAAUUUCCCUUUUGCUAUAGCCCAUAUCACAAUCUGAGGAACAUAAAGACCACGCUGUCCACUCGGACCAUCCUCCAUGAGCUAUUUCGCAUAAAUUUCCUUCGUAGGUAGAAUUAAAGCAUUCACACUUAACACCGCUUCCAUUUUCAGUACAAUUUCCUCUCGAAUUACAAGAGGUCGGUGUGCAUUCUUUUAUAUCAGUACAAUUAAAAGGAUCUCCUUCAAAGCCAGGUUUACAAACGCAACUGUAGGAGCCAGAAUUAUCGACACAAGUUGAAUUUUCUGUGCAAUUAUGCAAAUUUUCAACACAUUCGUCUAUAUUUUCACACGAGUAAGUGUUUGCAGCAGGAUUAAAAUUCACUCUUCUAUAGCCAUCCUUACAACCACAUUCAUACGAGCCAAUAGCAUCAAUACAUUUAGCAUUUUCAUGCUUCUGUUUACAUACAGAUUCGUAGAGAAUACAUUCAUUAUCAUUUUGACAAUCUCUUCCUCUUUGGAUGAAACCUUUAUUACAAGUACAUGUAUAAGGUGAACCAGAAUAGCUUUGUAAAUUAUAAUUGGCAUCUGUACAAGUUGAAUUUACAUGGCAUUUGUGUAAAUUUUGUGUACAUUCAUUAACGUUUUCACCGCAAUCGUAUAUUACUUGUUCCAAAUCCAAGUUAUUUAUUUCAUUCACCUCUGACACAACAUUUAAAGCGUCUACAAUUAUACCUACAUAGGGUUUGUUCCAACAGAAAUCAGAUAGCGAUCUUAUCAAUGGAAUUUCAACAGAUUUUAAUUGGAUUGUAGUUCGUAAGUUAUUUUUAGAUGAAAUUUCCAUUUGUUGAAUUUGUAACGUAUGAUUUUGCACUAUGAUUGGAUCAUCGUUUGCCUGAUAAACUUUAUCGUUGGAAAAGAUUAAACCAAACUUAAAGUUGACUUCAUUGCCACUUUUUUCAGGCAAUUUAAAAGAGCCUGUUGUUAUUAUUACAAUCGUCAUUUCAAUAUCAAUUUUGUCGCCUGGUCUGAUAGUUUUCUCUUGGAUAUUUAACAACUUUAAAUCUUCUAUAGAUAAGUCAAUUUUAUCACCACAAACCGAAGAAAUUGGUGCCAAGAAAGCAUCCCACUCAAGCUUGUUAUUCUUUUCAUUCGUUUCCGCAAGGCUAUGUCCCGAGUCUAUUUCUAUUUCCAAUUUCGCAGAUCUAACAUUGCAAAGAAACAAAUGAUCUUCUUCCGUUAGGGUCAAACCUGGAACUUCUCUGGCGAUGUAGACUGUAGUUGUUGCGGAUACUCCCUUAUUUAUAUCAGUAAUCAAGUUUUGACUAUUAUAUGAAAUUUUUUUACGGAUGUCUUUAUGAGAAAUGUAAAAUCCGACAGUAUAUAGUAGAGGAUCUGUUUGUCCACUAGGAAAGUUUCCCCAGCCUCCACUUCCACUUAUUUCAAUAAAAGUUGUAAUAUUAAAACCCAUAUCGUGGUUGAAGGUAUAAUUAUGACUGUAUACAUUAUCUAACCACUUGAAUGCUAUUGGUUGUAAAUCUCUCCAAUGGUCUUGACAGUCAACUGCUAUUUUAAAUUCCAUAUGAUUGUUGUUCAUAUAACAUUCAGGUAUUGAUGGUGCAAUAACUUCUAAACCUAAUAUAAAAUGUCCACUUCCUAGAUAGGGACACACUAUAUUCAUGUUAAUAUCUCCAACCCAUUUAGGAGUUUCUACAGUUGUUCCCUGCUUAAAAGUGUUUAGGUAUCUUCCAUUUGGAAGCUUACUUGACCAAGAACUAGGAGUUACGUAGUAUCUUUGUGAAUUGACUUCGUCUUUUCUUAUGUAAGCUCUCAUUUCAAAGCUCGCCAUAUGCUUGAGUGGAACAAUAUCUUUAUCGAAUAUGUUUUUGACUGUUGCAACAACGCUGAUAGGUGAACCGUCUUUAUAAUACACGUCUUCCUUUUCCAGUUGAAUAUCAACCAAAUAAAGAACAUCACUGUGGCACUUAAUAUCAAUCUCUAUUGGAUAGACGUUAUUACCUUCGUCAAAUUCUUCGAUUAUAUUAUUUUCAUCCAGUACUAUAAGGAGAUAAGCUGGCCCACAAAUUACUAAUUUUUCUAUUUGUAAAUGUAAAGUUAGAUUAACUUCUGUUGAUUUAUCAAAUUUUUUCAUUAGUUUUGUUAUAUUAUAUUCAUUUUUGACCUUAUAACUUUCUUUUUCG